CGUCCAUCCCUGAAUCAUGAGCAGCGAGCUCAUCGCCGUGCCUGUCGAGAGGAAGCGCGUGUCGUUCAGUGAAUGUUUGAAUUCGGAAAGGACUUAUGAAAUUGAUUCAGCGAACGAUCAGGAGGAAACGUCAUCGCCGAGCAUCCCAAAAUCUUGUUCGAACUGCAAGUGCCCACGGGAGUCUCACGACAUCUACAACGAAGAGAAUGUGAGUUCGAAAGAGCGCCUCGGAAUCAAACAGACCGACAAGAAGUGCGACCCGCAGGAUUCGAGGCCUGGCAAACCCGACGGGUAUUCAUGGGUUCCUCCGGGACUACCAAUCGAGAAGAUCGACAAAUACUUCCGCGAGCUGCCGAACCAUAAAGUGCCGAAGAUCGGAACGCCCGGAGAAAAAUAUCGGGACAAGCAGUUGAUUCUCCAACUGCCGAAACAGGAUCUCGCGUUGCCAUACUGCAAAUUCUUGGAGAAAGAGCAUCACAAAAGCUUCGACGAAUUCGUCAAUACCCGCAAUGAGGCCGCACUGGAUAUCGGGUUUGUUAACCAGGCGCUCGACAGAUCAUUGGACUGUCGAAGAUGUGGAGGAGUUCUUCCGGAGGGACAGCUUGGAGUUAUCGCACCCAAGUUCGGCGAGCAGGUGGCUUGGCAUUGCGCUUGCUUCACAUGUGACACUUGCCACGAACUUCUUGUGGAUCUCACCUACUGUGUGAAAGACGGUCGCAUCUUUUGCGAACGUCACUACGCAGAACAGAUCAAGCCCCGCUGCGCCGCUUGCGAUGAGUUGAUCUUCAGCGGCGAAUACACCAAGGCCAUGAAUAAGGACUGGCACUCGGGACAUUUUUGCUGUUGGCAGUGCGACGAUUCCCUGACCGGCCAACGCUACGUUCUCCGAGACGAACACCCUUAUUGCGUGCGCUGUUACGAGCAAGUUUUCGCGAACACCUGCGACGAGUGCUCGAAACCUAUCGGUAUCGACUCCAAGGAUCUUUCGUACAAGGAGAAGCAUUGGCACGAACAAUGUUUCCUCUGCGCGAAAUGCCGCGUGUCCCUGGUUGAUAAGCCCUUCGGAUCCAAAGCUGAGAAGGUCUAUUGCGCUGGAUGCUACGAUGCUGCCUUUGCAUCUCGUUGCGACGGAUGCAGCGAGGUUUUCCGCGCCGGCACCAAGAAAAUGGAAUACAAGGGUCACCAGUGGCAUGAAAAAUGCUUCUGCUGUUGCGUUUGCAAGAACCCCAUCGGCACUAGAUCGUUCAUUCCGCGAGACAAUGACAUCUACUGUACACAAUGCUACGAGGAGAAGUUCGCUACCAGAUGCGUCAAGUGCAACCAGAUCAUCCAAUCGGGUGGUGUGACAUAUCGCAACGAGCCGUGGCAUCGUGAGUGCUUCUGUUGUACGAACUGCAACACUUGUCUCGCGGGCCAGAGGUUCACAUCGCGUGAUGAGAAGCCCUACUGCGCCGACUGCUUCGGCGAGCUGUUCGCCAAGAGAUGCACCUCGUGCACCAAGCCCAUAACUGGAAUCGGAGGAACUCGUUUCAUUUCGUUCGAGGAUCGCAAUUGGCACAACGAGUGCUUCAUUUGCGCAAUGUGCCGUUGCUCUCUCGUAGGCAAAGGCUUCAUCACCGACGAGAACGAUAUCCUCUGCCCGGACUGUGCUAAGCAGAAGCUCAUGUAAUUUGUCAUGAAGCCCCACCGCAAACCACCGGAGCGGCGGAAGCCGCUCAUCGCAAGACCAAAAGAAGAGUAGUCAAAGUGAAGCGAUAAUUUUUUCUCUGAGAACCAGCAGCGUCGCAAUGAAAAACACCAACAACGACAUUAACGGAUUAUCAGCUACAACGAAAUAAUCUCGUCCGGCCAGCGGAGACUGCGACGCGUGUUCUCGUCGUCAUAAUCACCGUCAUAAAACGCUAGAUUACACGGACCUCGUCGACUGAGAACGGAUCCGACACGACUUGUAUCCAUAGCUUAUGUCCACAAUCUCGUACAAGCACCCGAUAGUCAAUCUCAGUCAGUCAGUCAGUCGAUCGGUUGGCUGACCAGUCUCAGAGAGGUGGAUUCUCUCACUCAGAAAAAAACCGAGAGUCUUUACUAGGGGACGCAACCACAACCGUGCAAUGUCGUUAUUGAUGCAAUGCCGUAUAGAUGCUUUUGCAAACCAGUUUUGUUUUCGCUGUUUUUCUCGAUAAUCGAGUUGAGAGAAUGGUACCUCAGAGAUGUUUAUGAAUCGUUACCCGAAAAUGAGCAAAAAAAAUCGGUGGUUGCCCCCUACGGAAAACGCUGCCAUCGUUUCACCCUACCUCAAGUCUGCUGACUUCGGCAGGGGGAGAGUUGAGAUUGUCGAGUUGUUUGCUUCCGGAACGACGGUGAAGUUGACGACGAGAAUGGCUCGGAAUCAGGAGACCAGUAGGAGGAGAUGAUCCUGACUUAUCGGUGGGAACUUCGCUGGUUCACAGGGUCGGGUCACAAGGAUGCGUCGUGCGUUUGGUUUCUCUCUGCAUUUUUGCAAAGUUGCAAAAUUUCGACGGUCGAAGGAGGUGUGCGUUCCGCCUUGAUAGGGACAGCCGCCCUAUUGUUCUAUUUUUGAGUUGAUUUUCCCCGAUCGAUUGUUGUUACCACGAAGGAUGGCGGCGAGAAAACGAAAAAAAAAGGUUAAUUUAUGACUAUUAGUUUAAUGUGAUUCUACGGGAGCUGCGUCAUAAUCAUGAGCGUUACUAUAAAUAAAUAAAAUGU